AUGGAGCCAUUAGAAGAUCAGAAAAGUUUGGGAAAGAGUAGUAACAUAUCUUAUUCACAAAAUCAAUUCCAAACAUGUUAUCCCUCUGUUCAACCUGAUCAGCUACAUUCUUGCCAAAUUCCUGAACCUAAGCUGUGAGAUAUAAAUCUGACAGGAAUGAACCAGCCACUUAUCUCUCAAGCUCAGCCUACAAGUCUAGCUCUUUCCCAACUUGGCUUUAAUAAUACAACAUCUAAAACUCCAACUAUGACCGCUGAUCCUGCCUUCACACAAUUUUCAGCAGAGAAAGAUCCAGAAGAAACAAAACAUAUGCAGGCUAAAACGAAAGGUGAACGUAGACUGAGCAACCAAGAAGAAGUCUUAGAAAAAGAAAUUUAUGAAAAACUAUGCAUGAGCUUUAAAGUCAGCGAGUUCGGAAGAAAUGGAAGAUUUGAAAUUUGGUUAGAGAGAAACUGAGAUUUCCAAUUUAUUAGAAAGGUGGAAAACAUUAUACUUCCUAAAUGAAGGAAUGUUGUGAUAUAUGAUCUUACUAAGUCGAAUCGAGCUGUGGCAAAGUUCUUAUGCAUGGGCAUCCCGACAAGAGGAGUUCAAAAGCUUACAUUGGGAGCAGAUAGAUUAAUAAACAUUCGUUACUAUCUCAAGGAGAUUAUCAAAGCCAGCUAUAGAAUUGAAGAAUGAAUAGAUCUUGGACAUUUUAAAAUUAAUGGACUUCAGCUUCAGAAACUUCUCAGGGUUAACAGACACAAGAAGAAAGUGUGGUUUUAUAACUGCAAAUUCUCGCUCCCAAAAGUUCCUAAUCUAUCCAAAUGCUUACAAGAUACCACUAUCCAAGAAAUAUGUCUAUACAACUGAGAAGGAAAGGAUAGAAGUAAUUGGCUAAGCCGCCCUGAAGAAUUAAGCAACCUCAUAUCCAGUCUUUCUCAGUCAGACAUCAAACACUCUCUCCAAAGGGUCUGCUUCAGCUACGACUGCCAACUUCCUAAGCCCUUCAUCACUACCUUAUUCCAAGCCUCCCUCUCUAAAGUCCAGGUUCAUGGUAGCUUCAAGUCAGGUAUCUCCCACUUGGGUCAAUAAAUCCUUGUUCAGAGCACUCAAUCUAA